GUGGGCGGGACCAGGGAGGAAGAUGGCGGCGCCCGUAGGUGCCGCUGCGUCCCAGGCUCCUGGGGGUCUUCGGCCCCCAGUGUGUCUCUUGGUGUUGGGAAUGGCGGGAUCUGGGAAGACCACCUUUGUACAGAGGCUCACAGGACACCUGCACAGCCAAGGCUCUCCACCUUAUGUGAUCAACCUGGACCCAGCUGUGCAUGAAGUUCCCUUUCCUGCCAAUAUUGAUAUUCGUGACACUGUGAAGUAUAAAGAAGUCAUGAAACAAUAUGGACUUGGGCCCAAUGGUGGCAUAGUGACCUCACUCAAUCUCUUUGCUACCAGAUUCGAUCAGGUGAUGAAGUUUAUUGAGAAAGCCCAGAACAUGUCUAAGUACGUGUUGAUUGACACGCCUGGGCAGAUCGAAGUAUUCACCUGGUCAGCUUCGGGAACAAUCAUCACUGAGGCCCUGGCAUCCUCAUUUCCAACGAUUGUCAUUUAUGUAAUGGACACGUCGAGGAGUACCAACCCAGUGACUUUCAUGUCCAAUAUGCUGUACGCCUGCAGCAUCUUGUACAAAACCAAGCUUCCUUUCAUUGUGGUUAUGAAUAAAACUGACAUCAUUGAUCACAGCUUUGCAGUGGAGUGGAUGCAAGAUUUUGAGGCUUUCCAAGAUGCCUUGAAUCAGGAGACUACAUACGUCAGUAACCUGACCCGUUCAAUGAGCCUGGUGUUGGAUGAAUUUUACAGCUCACUCAGGGUGGUGGGCGUGUCUGCCGUGCUGGGCACGGGCUUAGAGGAACUCUUCGCGCAAGUCACCAGUGCUGCGGAGGAGUAUGAAAGGGAGUAUCGUCCUGAGUAUGAACGUCUGAAGAAGUCACUGGCCGGUGCGCAGAGCCAGCAGCAGAAAGAACAACUGGAACGCCUUCGGAAAGAUAUGGGCUCCAUAGCCUUGGACACAGGAGCUGCUGCUGGCGGCGCACCUCCUGCGCGGGGCCCUUCCGACCUGAUCCUGACGCGGGGAACCCUGGAGGAAGAGGAUGAGGAAGCAGACAGCGACACUGACGACAUUGACCACAGAGUUACCGAGGAAAGCCACGAAGAGCCAGCAUUCCAGAAUUUUAUGCAAGAAUCAAUGGCACAGUACUGGAAGAAAAACAGCAAAUAGUUUCUGGAAGUCCAAAACUUGGAACUCUGUGAAGGAACUAGCCUUACCUCUGGUUGGGGUUACUAUGAAGAACAAUUCUGUUCAGAAUAGCAGUUUCUCUUAUUAGGGAAACCUCCUGACUUCGAUGAAGCCCGGAGCAGAAGACAUUUGCACCUGGCGGGUAGAAGCCAGUUCCCCUUGGCCUUUUCCUUGGUUGUUUGCAAGGAAGGGCAUUCCAUUCUUGGAUGCGGGUAUUCCUUCAGGCAUAAAACUUCAUGUUUUCUCAUGUGGACUCAAUUACUUUUGCUGCUGACGGGUGGAAUAGGGAACAUACUGUUGUUCACUUCAGAUCUCUGGUAUUAGGCUGGAUCUGUAGCCUCUGUUUCCCCUGCAUCUGGCCUUUGAGCCACCAGUUCCCCUCCUUUGAGCAGAAGGGGGGAGGGGACACAGGAGCCUGUAGAGUGGCAACCAGUCGGUGUUGGUGUGAAGUGUGCCUCAUGCUUGGUAGCUCAUUACAGGGAACCUGGUUUGUUGAAGAAAGUGGGCAAAACAUGUAAUUAAUAAAUAAGAAUCCUGCUUUC